AUGCUGGUGCACACUUACUCCGCCAUGGAGCGCCCCGACGGGCUGGGCGCAGCGGCUGGGGGCGCCCGCCUGUCGUCUCUGCCCCAGGCGGCCUACGGGACGGCGCCACCGCUCUGCCACACGCCGGCCGCCGCCGCCGACUUCCAGCCGCCCUACUUCCCGCCGCCCUACCCGCAGCCGCCACUGCCCUACGGCCAGGCGCCCGACGCCGCCGCCGCCUUUCCCCACCUGGCCGGGGACCCGUACGGCGGCCUGGCGCCCCUGGCACAGGCGCAGCCCCCACAGGCCGCCUGGGCCGCGCCCCGCGCCGCCGUCCGCGCUCACGACGAGCCGCCCGGCCUGCUGGCGCCGCCCGCCCGCGCCCUGGGCCUCGACCCGCGCCGCGACUACGCCGCCGCCGUGCCCCGGCUCCUGCACGGCCUGGCCGACGGCGCGCACGGCCUGGCGGACGCGCCCCUCGGCCUCCCCGGGCUGGCGGCGCCGCCCGGCCUGGAGGACCUGCAGGCCAUGGAUGAGUCCGGAAUGAGUUUCCUGGAUCAGUCUGUGAUCAAGAAAGUCCCCAUCCCCUCCAAAGCCAGCAGCCUCUCGGCCCUCUCACUGGCCAAAGACAGCCUGGUUGGCGGCAUCACGAACCCCAGUGAGGUCUUCUGCUCCGUGCCAGGCCGGCUCUCGCUGCUCAGCUCAACAUCCAAGUACAAGGUGACGGUGGGGGAGGUCCAGCGGCGACUCUCUCCUCCUGAGUGCCUCAACGCCUCCCUCCUGGGUGGUGUCCUUCGCAGGGCCAAGUCCAAGAAUGGGGGCCGGUGCCUGCGGGAACGGCUGGAGAAGAUUGGGCUCAACUUGCCGGCCGGCCGUCGCAAGGCUGCCAAUGUGACACUGCUGACUUCACUGGUGGAGGGAGAGGCUGUGCACCUGGCCCGAGACUUUGGCUAUGUCUGUGAGACCGAGUUCCCAGCCAAGGCAGCUGCCGAGUACCUGUGCCGACAGCACUCUGACCCCGGGGAACUGCACAGCCGCAAGAGCAUGCUGCUGGCCGCCAAGCAGAUCUGCAAGGAGUUUGCGGACUUGAUGGCUCAGGACCGCUCACCGCUGGGCAAUAGCCACCCAGCACUCAUCCUGGAGCCUGGAGUGCAGAGUUGCCUGACACACUUUAGCCUCAUCACCCAUGGCUUCGGUGGGCCCGCCAUCUGUGCUGCCCUCACUGCCUUCCAGAACUACUUGCUGGAGUCACUCAAGGGGCUGGACAAGAUGUUUCUAAGUAGUGCAGGCAGUGGGCAUGGUGACACCAAGGCUUCAGAGAAGGAUGCCAAGCAUCGGAAAUAACC